AUGUCCACCAACCGUCCAUUCCUCUCCAACUUCCUGGCCGCCUUCCGCGCCCAGUCAACCUAUAAAGCCGCCUCACAAUCAUCCACCGGCACCCCCACACUCUCCUCUGCACAGAUCUCGCAAAGCGCCCGCGCGAUAGCCACCAAGGCCGCCAACUCCGCUUCUGCGGCUUCCUCGGCCGGGCCUUCAUCAACCGCCCACCACGCCCAUCACCACCACGCCUCAUCUACAUCUUCGUCCUCGGGGCCAGCGACAGCGACAGCAGGAUCAUCUGGCUCAGCCGCAGGAUCAAACCACUCGCCACCAUCUCACCACUACCACCAUGCGGCUCCAGACACCCCGCUCACCGCAUCUCCGCCCCCAACACCAUCAUCAUCAUCAACACCGAUCCCAAUCAAUCGCGGUCCAGAGCGUCAACGCCGCGGCAGCGAUUCUUCCAGUGGAUCGGGCGGUUUCCGUGAUGCUCUCGGUCCCGAGAAGUGGUAUAUCGGUGGCCGGACACCGGCUGGCGAAGAGCGCUUCUACCGCUUGGGAAUGGUGACCAAGGGCGGUGGCCGACUUGGUGGUGGUGGGAGAGUUGGAAGUAUCGACCAGUUGAGCCUGUGA